ACGGGAGCCAUGUGCCAGGGCCACCUUUUAUUUUGAAGUCACUGUCUUGAUUUCCGGUUGUAACCUUUCUGGCGUAGUAUAUAUAUAUAUAUUUUUUUUUUCUCAUAUAUUUCCACCGCUUGGAGUGCUGUUAGAUAGCAUAACCUUGAGUUGGUGCACUUUGGUUACUCUACUCGACACCACAGUAGCAUGUCUUCAGCUCCGGGCCACCUUUUUGUAGCUCCUCAGCUACUUAGUUAGCUCCGUGUAGCCCUCACCUCGGCCACGGAAUGCCUCGGAGAAAGAAAAACGGCCAGAGCCCGGCCAGAGUCCCCAGUGGCCCGCCAGAGGGGGGAAGCCUCGGCCACAACACGGGUUACCGACUACCUCAGGGAUUUGACGGUUCAAUGGCGAACAAUUUUCCAUCCAGCACCUCGCCCUCCAGCUCCGUCAAAGAGAAAAUCGUCACAAGCAUGCAGGAGAUGUUUUCCCACCUGGACCCCGAAGUUAUAUACAUCGUGCUGUCCGAGUGUGAUUUUAAAGUUGAAAAUGCAAUGGACUCUCUCUUGGAGCUGUCUGUGGCUGCUGAAGGUGCAGCCCCUAUACCUUCUCCUGUCUCUGGCUUUGCGCGCACUGCCGCAGCCCUGCUCAGCCCAUGCCACUUUUCUGAACCCAGACCAGACACAGACUCCUCCCAGCUAUCACAGCUGCCCUCCUCUCCUCCCUCCACCAACCUCCUGACAGAAGAGCUGGACCUGCUAGUCGAUCAGGAGCUAGAGACACUAACUGCACGACAAAACGCUAAGGAAGAGCACCACAGCAGCCAGUAUUUAUCCUCUUUCCCUCCACCACCAUUCCCAGAGCAGGUCCUCCCUGAGCUGCUUCAGUCCAGCCUGCAGCCUGGAUCUAGAGGGCCCUCUGUUGACCAGCAAGGCCUGGUGGAGCAUAGUUCUGGAGCUUCCUCUCCGCUCGACCAGCUCAGCACUUGGGAAGAUGAGAUCGCUGAGAAACAGCAGUCAAUGGUGGAUUUCACACAUCUGAUGAAAGAGAGGCCUGCAGACAAGCCGAAACCUCCUUUGGACCUGGCAGCUUCAGGACGUCCCUCGGCUUUCCAGGUGUAUAAAAAGCAAGACCCUUCACACACCCUUUCAGACAAGGCUGGGGUCAUGCCCCCUAAAGCGAUAGCCGGAGGAGCAAGAUCUAAGGUGAAUAUGUUGAAUCAUGAGCCGCUUGGCUACAUGCCAUCACCCUGGAACCUGGAGGCACCAGUGUUUUCUCCCCGUAUCCAUGAAAACCAGGACCCAGUAUUCAUUACCCCUGUGGCUCAAACGCCUUCCAUCUGGCCGAGGCAACCCAGGCAUGCCUCUCCCUGGCUUAGUCAGAGCCCCGUCAGCCAAGCACCUCUCAAACCCUCUGCUACUAUUCCAAAGUCCUGGGCCCUUCCUGCUGCUCCUCAACCUCCUGCCCAGUACAGCAGGCUUUGUUUGGAAGGGAGGGUCCUUGUGCUGCUACGUGGUGCUCCAGGAUCUGGCAAGUCAACUUUGGCAAGAGCCUUGUUAGAGAAUAACCCAGGUGGCGUUAAACUGAGCACUGACGAUUAUUUCACUCGGCAUGGAAAAUAUCAGUUUGACCCCACUGCUCUGGGGGAGGCCCAUGAGUGGAACCAUAAGCGAGCCAAGGAGGCUUUUGAAAGGGGUGCUAACCCCAUUAUCAUUGACAAUACCAACAUGCAGGGCUGGGAGAUGAGACCCUAUGUGGUUCAGGCACUGAGACAUGGAUACAAGGUGCUGUUCCGAGAGCCGGACACUUGGUGGAAGACCAAGCCCAGAGAACUGGAGAGACGUACCUCACAUAAUGUGCCAGUGGAAAAAAUCAGACGCAUGCUUAAUGGAUACGAGCGCUUCGUCACAGUCCAGUCCAUCUUGGGUUCACAGAUGCCUGAGUUAAAACAGCGCCUUCUUCUGGAGAACAGAAGCUCACAGCUGGUGUCUUCUGAAACACCUUGUCCUGACCUUGUAGGGCAGCCUGAAUUGACUGAGGGAUGUAAGAAAUCCCGCCCUCAGCUGUUUUCCUCCCUCCCUGAUGUGUCAUCUGUUGGUCGUUCCAGUGAGGUGGGAAUGCUGGAAGAUGGCACCCACAAAUCUACGGAGUCCCUCAAUUUCCAACCUACUGGAAGACUCACAGAAACCCCCGAAAUGUCCGACAGGGAAACUGACAUGAAUUUGAGGGCAUUAGAUUCUGAGUUGGAUGCCCAAUUAGAACUGAAUCAUCCAAUAGGAGAUCAGAGAAUCCCUGACUGUAUUGUGGAAUCAGUGAUGAAUGAAGAUAAUCGUGGAGAUGAAAUACCCGUGGCUUUCUCUGAGUCUAUUGGACAAAGAGUGAGGAGAGAAAGGCCAAGCAGAAGGUCUGGUUUUGACAGGUUGGAGCCUGCAGAUCUGGUGAAAGAUACUAACCAAUCAGACAGUGAGGCAAAGGAGAAAGAACAAACAAAGGAAGAGGAAGCAGAAGGGGUUGAGAUGGUGAGGGAUGGGGGAGAGAAGGGAAGGCCUAAAAUGUUGGAUUUUGUAGGAGAUUGGCCAUUUGAAGGGUCCUUAAAGCAGCGGCAGGUGAGGACAAGAGAGAGGCAUAAAAGAAAUGGGAAGGAAGAUGAAGGUGUGUCUCAAGAAGCUAACGAAAAUGAAACAAAAGUGCAGUCAGGACCCAAUGUAACAGAGUUUCAGAAGCUUCUUGAUCUUAUUCAGACGGGUGUACCUGCCAUUCAGACCGGCUCUGCUGCUUCGUCCUCCCUUUCCCCAAGCUCUGGAGAGGAAUUUGAGAAAGAAGAGGUGGCAGGUGGCAGGUUUGAGGAAUCCCAUGGCCGUAGAUCUAACAGUGAGGAGAGAGAACAAAACAUGAACAGUGUUAACAGCAGCAGAGGCGAAUUACCUGACUGUGUGUUAGACUGGAAGGCAGCUGACUCUUGUAAGGUCAGGCAGUCCAGAAUUGAUCAUUGGGAGGGAUUUAAAACAGAAAAUGAAGUGAGUAGUACCACAGAAGGGAAUGAUAAAGUCUUGAAGAUUGGCAGAGAAACAGAGUCUGUGGAUUUGAGAUCAACCAGCCCAACAAAUCUCCUCUCAGCUCUUCCUGCUGAUUCACUAGUUAUCUCCAAAACUGUGGAGGCAAAUGUAUGCCAUGAUGUGGUGGGAAGCCACAGUACUGAAGGUGAGGUUGGUACACAGUCUGGUGCUGGUCAUACUGAUAUUGACACCAAUAACUGCACAGAGAAUGGCGGAGGGACUACAGUUGAGGCUGAUGGCAGUCAUAUUAGUGAGGUGUGUCUGAGUCCUGUGUGUGAGGGCUCUGUGGGAGCAGAAAGCAGUGCUUUCAGUGGAGGCAGUCAGGAGAGAAAGCAGCGUCAGGGUCGUAGAUCGGGGAAACAGUGCAAACUAGCCCUCACCUUUACUCAAAACUGCCCUGCUUCUUUCCAGAGUACUCUCGAAUGUCCCAGUACCACAGCUCAAAAUAAAACCCAUAGUCAGAUUAGCAUUACCACAGAUGUUGAACCUAACUUUAAUCCUAACUGUAACACAAGCCUUAUCCUCAAAUCAAACCUUUUCACAGAGUCCAAAUCUGAGGCACACCUGCAGCCUCCUUCCCCACUUUCUCUGGUAGACACAGGCAGCCCCACCCAGACAGAACCUCAAGACUUUGCCCUUCUUUGGCGUCUCAAUCAUCAAGACAGCCCCGAUGAAGCAGUCGUCACUUCGUGCAGCCACCCUAGUGACAUCACGGUCCUGACUGGAGACUCUUCUCGCUUUGUGCCAGAGUGUUCCUCUGCCGUUUCUGCUGCGGUUGCAGUUCACCCAUCCGGCCAAAGAGAGGUACCCUACCGCGUGGUGCAUGAGAAAGGCACACAGGUGGAGGAGAAAGAGCUUGGGGCAACUCAAGACCAGCUUGAGAACCUGUGCAUUCUUAGUCGCCAUUUUAAAUUGGUUAGUUUUGAUACAUUAGAAGAUCUGUAUGACAAAUGCCAUCAGGACCUAGAAUGGACCACCAACCUGCUGCUGGACUCUGGAGAGAGGUUCUUCAGGGAUGAGGAUGGUGAGAAAGAGGAGGAGGAUGGUGCUGGGGGUGAAGAAGACCAGAACACAUCCAGUCUGUGUGGAGCUUUAGGCAAGGCUGUAGAAACCAGGUUAUGUCCUAAUGUGUUAGAUGAGCAUCACCCUGAAGAUUGGCCAACUGCGUUUGAGGACAGGACUCAGCAGUCAACCUUUGGGACAGUUAGUGAGUCAGAUGAGAGCUCCAAUAAUACUGAUGUGCUAAGUUUAGGAGGUGCAGCUGUUCCAGUUAGUAACAAAGACCAUCCUGAUACAACCUCACACUUAGAAAAAUUUCCUCAAACAGAACUUAGUCUGCCUCAAACAGUAAACGAAGGAGGGAGAUGUGGUGACACUGAACACAAAGUGACAUCAGAAGCUGACCUAAUAGGCAGCGCUUGGGGUGGAAGCUUUGAUGAUGGAGUAAUAAUUGAACAGUCAAGAGUUGAGAUAGAGGAGAUUGUUAGCAUGGACGAGGUCCACCGGCUGCUGCAGGCAGAGCUAGACGAGAUGGAGAGAGAGGAAAGGCAGGAGGAGGAGGAGAGGACUGAAAGGAGGCACUUGGAGGAGAGAAGGAGCCAACAUCUGGACAUUCAGAGUGUGGAGCUGAAACUACCCACUGAGCUGGCACUACAGCUAAGUGAACUGUUUGGUCCUGUCGGAGUAGACCCAGGUACAUGCUCCACUGAUGACUAUGCCGUGCAGAUGGACCUGAACCUGGCUAAACUGCUCCACCAGAAGUGGAAGGAAACUAUUCAGGAAAAGCAGAGACAAGCAAGUCUUUCCUUUCACUUGCUUCAUGAAAGUUCAGCACCCUGGGGUGAUACACAGGUGGCUAAAUCUGGAUCACGUGACCAGACACAGCUAGCACGUUUGCUGAUUAGUGCAGAUGGUUACACGUCACUGCACAGCCAACCAGAGGCCCGUGGUCAGAUGCCAUUAAUGGACCACUGGAAUGUGUCCCGCCCGCAUGUCUCUCUCAGAGAUAUUAUAAAAGAGGAGCAGGCUUUGCAGGAGAACAUGAAAAAGACCAGGCAAAGUCGUGCAGACCUUGACCAGCGUGACGGAGCCGCCGUGUUGAAAGAGAACCAGCUGUAUUCCCUGUUCCCCACCAUUGACAGGCAUUUCCUCCAGGACAUCUUCAGAGACCACAAUUACAGCCUGAAACAGACAGAGCUGUUUCUUCGCUCUCUACUGGACGAGGAGCCCGUCAAGACAGUGGUCGCCCCAGAGGCACCUCGGCCCGACCACCACAGAGCAGCCAGCAGGGAGAGGGAAAAGAGACAGAAGCCCCUGGAGUCGAUCGUACCCGACUAUCAGGAUACGGAGGACCCAGAGUAUGAGGACCUCAGGGCCGAGGCAAGCCUACAGAAGAGCCGGCAGCUUGAGUGUUUCGCCAAGGCUGCUGAGGCCUUCAAGCAAGGACACAAAGAAGUGGCCUCAUUUUACGCACAGCAGGGACACCUGCACGGCAAGCGGAUGCGUGAAGCCAAUCACCGUGCAGCAGUUCAGAUUUUUGAGAGGGUCAACUCAUCACUGCUGCCCAGCAACAUCCUGGACCUCCAUGGGCUGCAUGUAGAUGAGGCCCUGGAGCAUCUGGCCCAGGUCUUACAGGACAAAACCACAGAUUGUGAACAGGGUCUGUGUCGACCUCAGCUCUCUGUCAUCACAGGAAGAGGGAACCACAGCCAGGGGGGCGUGGCCCGCAUCCGCCCCGCCGUUAUAGACUACCUCACCAACAAACACUACAGGUUCACUGAGCCAAAGCCAGGUCUCGUGUUGGUCUCUUUGAAGUGAGAAGAAUCUGGUUUAUUGGAUUCAAGCUGCUAUGGAGGACAGCACACUCUCUGUCUCUCUACACUUCUACAACGCCACAUACAGAAUUAUUACAGUAUAUACAGUAUGUGACACACAACCUCCUUGCCCCUCUCUUUUUUUUUUCUCAAUCGGUAUUGCUGCUACUUGGUUAAAUUGAGGUUAAUUUUAGUUAAGAUCCUAAUUUUAAUUCAGAUCUUAAUAAGAAUCGUUUUUCUUUUGUGUUUUUAUGAAAGAUAACCGCAUUGGCGUGAAACACAAGUAAGGUAUUUUUAUGCAUCUGUAAAGCUUUAAUGUAUGUACAUUUUAUAUUUCAAAAUGUUUUAUAGUGUGGUGUGUUUUGCUUUACAUUUAUCUUUAUGCCUUUUAAAGAGAAUGAACAAUCCUUUAGUUUUGAAGGCUCCAUGUUGAAUAAGGUGUUAUUGAAUCAUUUGAACAUUUACUAAUCUGGAUUCAUGUUUGAGACAUAAUGUAAGGAUUUUAUGAAACUUUAACUGACUGCUUGGAGGUUGUUCUCUAGGAUUUUAAGUAAUAUGGCAUCCUUUUUUGACACACAAUUUAAGCAUUUUAUUUGACACUAACUACAUUUAAUGCAUGCCAUCAAGUUAUCACAAAACCAAAUGCUUAGAAGCAAGAGAGUUAUUUUUCUCAUGGUUGUAGUAUUAUAGUGCGUCUUGAUCACCAGAAGGUGAGCCUGAAACUCUUCAGAUGAUCAAAAGGCCGUUAAAUAGGUUGAACACCUUUCACCGUGAGUUCUGGAGCAAACAGUCUCCUUUGCAGCUGCCUCAGCGACAUACUGAAACUGUUCAUUUACUUUUGCUUAAGGCCAAUUUUAGCUGCUAAUAUAUUGAUAUUCAAACUCGGGUAAAGAUUCAGCAAUGUUUCUUUUCUUACAAGGCCAGUUGAUUGUUUCCAGCCUGUUCCUGGUGGCUUUUUUUUUAACCCCUUAUGCCAAAUUUUGUAGCAUUUGUAUUAAUCAGGUUGCUACACUGUUUUUGUAGGUUUAAAAUCGCUUAUGUUUUUCUAUCUGUGUGAUAUUUUUCACAAAGGUGCAAAAAAAUGUUGAUAAAAUUUUACCAUUGUACAUAAUAACACAUGAAUUAUAAAGAGAGAAUUUUAUUUUUAUAUUCAUUUGUUCAAAUGGUUUUACAGAGAAUAUUGUGGAAUAAAAUCUUAUUUGUGUACAGUUUAAAA